AUGGGCGGCAACGAGGUCGAACACACGUUCGAGGAGCACACGAAGCAGCUCGCAGAUACGUCGAGGAGGGGAUCUCGCUCCUGCGCUUCUUCCCUGGGGUCGUCGGAGAGUAACUCGGUGCCAAUACCAGAUUCUACCCUUCCUUCGUUUCCCCAUGAACGCAUCGUAGCAUCGGGGAACGGCAUCGUCGUGUUGAUCGGGCUUGCGGAGCCGGUGCUCUUCCUCGAACGGUUUGAUAGAAGAGUCUCCUCGGGCAAGAAGUGUGUGAUUUCGGGCUCUUUACACCUAAAGAUCACCAAGUCUACGAAGAUCAAGAAGAUCAACCUUGGGUUUAAGGGUAUUGCGAGGACAUUCUGGCCUGAAGGUAUUCCCGGAGAUAGGAAAAAGACAAGGGACACCGAGACCGUCAUCAACCUCAACUGGGACUUCUUCGAUGCCCAAGCACGCACCGCAACUAGGAGCUACGGUGCCAAUCAUAUAAAAUUCACGGUGUCGAACAAGAAGGUGUCCGAGGGCAGUCCUUCAGCCGCCGAUCUAGCUAGUUUAUUUGAAUCGUCUGUGUCGCUGCCGAAGGAGCUCAGAAGGCUUUCGCUGCACAACGCGCGAUCAGAUAGCUUUGGGAAGGGUGAUUCACAUUCGAUAUCAGAAUUUCUGGCUCAGAGAAGUUACAAGACGUUCCCACCAGGCGAAUACAUGUACAACUUUGAAAUACCAAUGGAGCACCAAUACCCCGAAACCGUCAAGUGGGACAACGCAUCUGUCAAAUAUGAGCUCGAGGCCGUUAUCGAGCGCGCAGGCGCUUUCCGUCCGAAUCUUGUUGGCAUCAAGGAGAUACCCCUUAUUCGCACACCAGGUGAAGACUGCUUGGAACACGUCGAGCCCAUUGCAAUCAGCCGAACCUGGGAUAACAAGCUGCAUUACGAUGUCGUUAUCACGGGGAAAUCGUUCCCACUAGGAUCCAAGAUACCUGUGGCCAUUAAGCUUACGCCAAUAUCCAAAGUCGGCUGCCAUCGCGUCAGUGUUUUUCUAACGGAAAAGGUCCAGCUAUGGGCUCACGAUAGAAAAGUCCACUGUGUAGCGAGCGAUAAAGUGCUGCUACUCUUUGAGAAAAGAGCUGGCAUUCCAUGCAGAAGCGUCUAUCCGGGUGGUACUAUGCGUCUGUCGUCCGGGGGAGGCCAGGCUAUUACCCCCAACGGCGAGGACGUAGUGGGUGGUACAAUGAAUUUCCUAGGCGAUACCAAUCAUGAGAGUUUCGGUAUGGGCACUACGGAGUUGGAGUGCGAAGUGCAACUGCCCAGUUGUCCGGUUAUGAAGAGGGUCACAGAAGCCUCGUUGAGGCUGCAUUGUGAUGUACAGUACAGCAGUAUUGAAAUCUCUCAUUCAGUCAAGGUCGUUUUCCGUCUAUCCAAACCCGACGGGUCACCAUACCCUAAAAGACGACGUCAAUUUGACAUCUCCAUUGAUUCUCCGCUGGGUAUCACAUCCUGCAAGGCGAGCGCAUCGAACAUCUAUCUACCAGCGUACAAUUCACCAUCAUCCUACUACACAGACGAGUAUGAGUGCGGCUGCCCUGAUGCCGCCAAUUUGGCACGCGACGUGAAUGCGAACCCGACCCUCUCCUUACCACCUACCUUUGCCGAGAUAGAGAUGCCUCCUCCUCCUACCUUCAACGAAUCCAGCAGCAACUCUUAUCCCUCCGAUACACAUCAACAUGAACGAGACCACAACGAUCCACCAACCCGUCCAAUCCACUUCAUUCGCGCUCCAUCAUUCAACCCUCCACCAUUUGAAUCUGUUCCGCCGCCGCCACCACCCCUCAUCAGUCCACCACCAGCCUACUCAACCAUCUUUUCUGGCGGGCCGGGAUUGAACAGUGAGAUGGACGACUAUUUUGCACGAGCACAUGUGAGAGAAGGAGAGUAUGAUGAUAACGUGAGAGGAACCGGACGAGUGGACAUACCAUUAACCCCCGGCGGGCGUGUCCAUCGCAGUAUGGAUGUUCCCAGAGAAUGUCUUGCCAAUGGCAGUCUACCGGGGUAG